AUGUAUAAAACUGAAGUUAAUGCUGAUGACAAGUCAGAUAAUAAGGCCUUGAAUGAUGAACAAAUCCGUCAAUGGGUUAGUGAAUUGGUUUCAGGAUCUAAUUCCAGCAGAGAAAGAGCCUUAUUAGAAUUAGGUAAGAAAAGAGAACAAUAUGAAGAUUUAGCUAAUCUAUUAUGGAACUCAUUUGGAGUUAUGACCAUUUUAUUAGAAGAAAUCAUAUCAGUUUAUCCAUACUUAAACCCUCCAACAUUAACAGCUUCCGUAUCAAAUAGGGUUUGUAAUGCUUUGGCUUUAUUACAAUGUGUUGCUUCAAAUAGUUCUACCAGAGGUUUAUUUUUACAAGCAAAUUUACCAUUAUAUUUAUAUCCAUUCUUAUCAACAAAUGCUAGACAAAAACCUUUUGAAUACUUAAGAUUAACAAGUUUGGGAGUUAUUGGAGCUUUGGUUAAAAAUGAUACUCCAGAAGUUAUUAAUUUCUUAUUAACCACAGAGAUUGUACCAUUAUGUUUAAAUAUCAUGGAAAUUUCAUCCGAAUUAUCAAAAACUGUUGCUAUAUUCAUUUUACAAAAAAUCUUAUUGGAUGAUCAAGGUUUAUCAUAUAUUUGUACAACAUAUGAAAGAUUUCAUACAGUUGCAGCAGUUUUAGCUAAAAUGAUUGAUCAAUUAAAUAUAUUAUUCCAUAAUAAUAAUCCUCAACAACAAGCUUCAAAUAGUACUGGAAGAUUAUUGAAACAUGUUGUUAGAUGUUAUAUGAGAUUAAGUGAUAAUUUGGAAGCUAGAAAAGCUUUAUCCAAUAUUUUACCUGAACCUUUAAGAGAUGGUACAUUUUCAUUAAUUUUACAAGAUGAUUUAGCCACUAAGAAAUGCUUGGCUCAAUUAUUAGCUAAUAUUACUGAACAACAAAAUUCAUCAGUUCCACCAUCUCAACAAACUCCACAAACUCAAGCUACGUCAUUGAAUGGACAAAGUCAAAACUUACAAUCUGGUGCCCCACAACAAGGACCUGGAGGACCUGGAGGACCUGGAGGACCCGGUGGACCAGGAGCUCCUGGAUUAAUGGGUGGAAUGAUACCACAAAUGCAAAUACCUCAAAAUUUACCAAAUUCCAAUUUCCCUAUCCAAGGUCAACCAAUGAUGAAUAUGUACAAUCAAUAA